AGGUGAGGGUGGAUGGUAAAAAAAAUUGUGUGAAAAGGGCCGGAGACGGGAGUGAGCCCGGGCUGAUGGCAGAGCUAUGCUGAGGAGAAGCAUCGUGCCUGCGGAUGUAGCAGAAACUUUCCACGGCUUCUCCCGCGGGGAUGCGACCAGGAACCAACACUGGAGGGAAAAAAAGUUAAGCGACAGCAGAGCUCCACGGAGGGAGUUGCCUAAAAUGUGGAUGAACUGACAUUUGCUUCACUAUCCGGGCCGGUUAAUUACUCAACUUGAAGAACCGAGCAAACUUCUCUUUUUUUCGAAAAUGUCCGUUCGUGGCAACUCGCUGAUGCCUUUCUCAAUCCAAGCCAUCCUGAACAAAAAGGACGACAGCCGACACUUGCCAGAUUUGGACAUGUGCUUCUCCAAGACGGCGUGCUGGAAAAUAUUUGGGGAGAUGAACGGCGGGUCUCGGAGAGAUAAUGGGGAGGCUUGUGAGCCGACGGACCAGAAAAGCUACGACUCGGACUCGGGACUCAGCGAUGACAACGACAGCAAGACUCCGGCCGUGUGCAAGUCGGAGAAGGACGGGGACCCUACGUCGGAUGUCCCGGAGGAAAGUUUGCAGGAGGAGACGGACCACGAGUCUGCGGCUGCGGAAAACGCAAAAAGUGACAGUGAGCCCAAUAAUGCUACGGACUCCAGCACCCUGGACGAGAAGAGCCUGGACCAGCCCAAACAGCGGAAAAAGCGCUCCAGGGCCGCCUUCUCUCAUGCGCAGGUCUUCGAGCUGGAGCGCCGCUUCAACCACCAGCGGUACCUGUCCGGGCCGGAGCGGGCGGACCUGGCGGCCUCCCUGAAGCUCACAGAGACUCAGGUCAAGAUCUGGUUCCAGAACCGCCGGUACAAGACGAAACGCCGCCAGAUGGCCGCCGACCUAAUGGCGUCGACCCCGGCGGCCAAGAAGGUGGCGGUGAAAGUUUUGGUGCGGGACGACCAGAGACAGUACAGCCCGGGAGAGAUCCUGCGGCCCCCGCUGCUCUCCCUGCAGCCGUCCUACUAUUACCCCUACGCCUAUUGCCUCCCUGCAUGGACACUCUCUGCAUGUGCGGGGAAUCAGUGAGAACUCGGUGACUGUAUUUAUUCAUUUUACUUUGCUCGCAGGAAACCGAACUAACUAUAUAUUAUUUUUCCUGACAAGAGGAGGAGACAUGAGGGGACUGUUAAUCUGCUCAGCGUCUCUGAUUGAACUGCCUCAUCGUAGGCCAGACCAGGGGUUCCCAAACUUUUUCAUGGUUUUUCACAUCCUAAAAUGCUUAAAAACGACUCAUCCUUUCAUUUAGUAAGAGUCUGUCCCGAGGAACCCAGUUAAAGAAGAUAUUUCUCGUGAUUUAGGCUAUAAAAUCAUUGCUGUCUGAACUGUAGGUGAGCGGGGGAGACUGGACCUCCUUAUAAAAUGUCAGUAUGUUAACCUCUGAAGAGUGACACAAGAAUACAUUAAAGUAUUCCUCUCUUUGCUCGGGAGCCCCUCAAGGACCUCUGAAGCCCCCCGGACCCUAGUUUGGGAACCGGCGGCCUAAAUAGACUGAAAAUAUCACCUUAUGUUGGUUUAUAUUUUACAUGCGCCUUCCUACCUCUGCAGUGAUUGGAAAUAGGCAUAUUCCAUUGACGUUUCAUAAUAUAACUGUCUCUGUUACAGGUUGUGUUUUUUUUUUCUUGUUGUGUUUGUAAAGGUAAGAUAUUUCAGCACUUUUGAGCAUAUACGUUACAUUAUUUCAAUGUAAAAAUGCAUUAUAGUGUGGGCAUGUACAGUGUCAGACUGAAAAGAGGCGGUUUCUUGUGUCAUUUGCCUGAAAGUGAUCGUGUGGCAGGAAGCAGGCUGAAACACACCAACUUCUAAUUGAAAUGUACAUGUGUUAUUUGUGUUAAAUGACUGUUUAGAUCGAAAAACAUUAAAACAUAUCAGGCAUUACCAUCAUUUGGAUGCAAUUUCAUUUAAAGGUUUAUUUACUACCAAGUGUAAUAUUGGGACAGAGACAUUUUUAUAUUUGAACAACAAUAACAGAGCAGAUUUUUAGUAAUAAUUAUAAAAAUUAACUACAAGUUUACUACUUAAGGAUGCACUGGUUUACAAAUUAACUUUUAACAUGACAAUCAGUGACUGAUAGGGAAAAACACGAAAAUACACAUUCACUAUUACUUAGUGCUUACAGUUAUAACACUGCUAAGCCUUGCUUUCUUGUACACAUACGAUGUUUUGCGCUCUUCUUUUCUGAACAAAAUAUACCUCAAAGUUUAAAUAAAUUAAAAUUGGCAUACAUAUGAAUAGCUUAGAAAUACCUCAAUUGUCAUUUUCUCAUUAGCAGGUUGGUUUAGGGCAGCUUUUUGUGUUUUGGGAGCAAAAACAAUGUAAUAAAACAGGAAUGGCCGAAUAUGCAAUAAACAGGAACGGCGUUCAUCCA